AAGCACGACAAAUUAUAAUAUAUGGAAAAUUUUGUUGAAAUAAUCUAUGUACCAGUAAACAGCAGUUUAACCGGGAAAUUAAUUUCAAAUAGAAAGUCAUCACUCAUCAUCCCUCGCACCAAAUAAUUAAAGUAGUGAAUUGCAACUUGAAGAUAACCAGUAUUUUGAUAACUUUGAGUGUUACUUAGGUGGAGAUCGGGUGAUUGAUAUUUAGAGUUAGUUAAUUGUGAUUGGAAUUAGUGUGGUGUUCAGAAAAUUUUGCCAAUAAAUUAUUAACUACACUUUCAUGAUGAGUGAUCAGUCGGGCGAUGAAGAUUUUGUCAACCCUCCCUCCUCCUUUUCAAGAACACCGGCGCCAGCCACACCAUCAACUUCUUCUUCCAAACGGAAAGCAGCCACUCCCACCAGCAGCAAAUCAUCAAAGAAGAAGAAGAGCGACGAUGAUGACGCCAAGGAGGAAGAAUUGCCAAGUUUUAGGUUUCUUAAAUUGGAUUCGGACGAUGAUGACGAUGAGGACGACCUAUUGACAAAACAGGAGUGGAGAAUGGUGGAGAGCAAAGAGGGAGGUACGAGAUAUUUUAGAACCGCACCCACCAGUCCCCCCGAACGAGGUUAUGCAAACCGGAAAAUAAAUAUGCGAGAGGAUAAGGCCGGUAAUGACUGGUGGAAAAUCGCCAAAGUCUUGAAUACGACUAAAAGGAUGUCAAACAAAUCGGAGGAUGAAGGGGAUAAUAAACUUCGUGAGUUUUUCUGCACUUUGGCACGAUAGGGACGAGGAGAUGGGAUCACAACAAUCUACCAUUUCUGAUCUGACUCCUCUCACCCCAGAAAAUAUUACGGGAAGAUACCCCCCACUCACUGCUGCAGAGAGGGAGAUUGCAGAGACAAGGAUUAGACAAGCUGGGGAAUUAGGAUUGGCAGUCCCAGGAACAAAUUCAAGGGUUGCGUGGUCACCACAAAAUCAAAACCGGUCAUACGGUUUAUUCGUAUAUAUAAAACCAACCGAGAAACAAGACUUUAUCUGUGCCGGAAUUCCGAAUUGUGUGAGAACUACGUCGACUAUUAUGGACCCGCUCCCUAAAUGUGAACUCCACAAAGGAGACCAGAUUGGUUUCGUCUUGUGUCAAUUUACUGAUGGGGCCAACAAGAAGAACGAUGUGGUCCUCCACGUUAUUGCCUCUUUUACAUACAUUUAUGGGGAUGAUGAGGAGAAAGGAAAUCACGCCACACGGGCAAUCAAAUAUAAACAAACUAAAUGCGCCCUGGAAAUUAUACUCCAAAGAGCGUUUGGCAGCCAAGAAACCACCCCCAGAAUUAGUUGAACUUGAGGGGCGUCGCCGGUACUUUGAUGAUGAGGAUGAACUCAUGAAAGUUUAUUCAGCACGAAAGACCACGACCCUACUUCAGCUGCUCUUGUGGCCCGACACUACCAUCAAAAUAAUCUGCCUGAAUGUGGGAAUCAAUCUUCCCAAUGGUGCAUAUAAGGAAUUGGUGGAGGAAAUGGAUUUGCAUGGUUUGGAAUUGAGGAUUCACGACAAGUUAUCAAAAUCAGCAGCAAUUACUUUGGAGGAGGGUCAAGAGAUUCCGUUUCUUUUAAGAGCAGAAAAUGGUGAAAGUAUUGGGGCGUUGUUAUCACGAGGAAAAAACGAGAAGAAAGAGAAGGUCGCAGCGAUAUAUUUUGUCUCGACUCCCUACAUUAUUUAUGCGGGACAAGCUCUCAAUAGUAACGUACAUGGUCAUAAAAAUCUUAAAGACCCCGUCGUCGACUACCAAAAUAACAAGCCCCCCUCCCACCCUAACCCCAAGAUUGUCCCAAUUGGGAUUGUUCGUGCGGAGGAGCGGUACAAAUGGGAAUUCCAUCUCCAAAUGUGUGCCCUAAUCGCAUCACUCUUACGACUCCGAAACUGUAUAAAUCCGUCCGAUUUCUCUGCCCAGUCUCACCCUCUGUGUAUUAAUAGGCAGGUCAAUUCGAGUUUUGUAGAUCAAAAGUCGUGGGGAAUUAUCCACGGAUAUUUAAUGAAAAAGUUUUUAGUGGAUGUGUAUUUAGGACCAAAGGCGUCCGACCAGUAGUAAUGUUGAUGAUAAUUUGUAGUUUUUCUUAAAAUACUAAAAGUUUAAAACCAUACCAGUACACUCCAGUCCCUUUAAUUGGUUUUAUGUGAGUACCAACGAUGGGGAAAGCUGUUAGACCUCCCUUUUCGACAUUGUUAAGCUAAAGUCAUUUAAGUUAUGCAAUUAAUAAUGAGUCAUCAUCCUGCACAAUUUAGUUGUUUUAUGUAUGCUUACAUAUACUAGAUACGUUGAGACACGGUCACCCUUCCACUAAACACGAAGAGUCCACAAUAAUAUUAUCACUUUACGUACAUUUCAUCUAGCAUAUACAUGAAGUUAAGUACUUACAGCAAUAAUUGGAUCAUCGGUACUUCUUACGCCGAGCGAGUCAUAGUGGGUGCUUACAUGUCCCCCUGUGUUUUGAUUAGCAAAUUAUACUGUUGUUCAAAAAUCGUGGAUAAUUAUGUAUUUUUUGUAAACGCACCGAACGCAUACGACGCAAUUUGUAGGGCUUCAGAGGCGUUCAUACCCCUAACAUUGAGAUUAAACAUGAGUUCCAUUCUUCUAGCGAUUGGAGCGUCCUGAGAAAAAAAUUAAAUUUAGCCGAUUGCAUUAAUCAACAGCUUUUAUUAACAACAUACCGGAAUGUGACCAUCUUCCAACCCUGCGUUUUAAAUACACUCAAUUUAAUAGAUAUUCAUUAAUACCACUAAUUUUGUGUAUAUUUCAACAACUCACAAGCAUAAAUCGCAGUUCGGGGAGUAGCUCCCGGAGAAUUAGGGGCCUUUAAGAAAAAUAAAAAACAGUAUAUAAAGAUGCAUGUAUUUACAUGCACAUGCAAAAAAUUGAAGGAUUUGCAUUUUUACCGGUGCCCGUUGCAAUGUGGGCAUCGCUGCUUUUCUAAAAUCUUUGAUCUGAAACAUGUUUUAAAUUAUUAAUCUGCAUAUAUUCUGGAUCUCUAAACCAACAACUUACCCAUGCAUCAGGAAUGAUAUCAUGAAACUGAAAGAAAAUGAGAAUGCCACAAGUUUCGUCUGUUUUCUGAUAAAGUCAAUUUGUCACAUAAUUCCUGUAUCCCAUACCUGAAUCAUUUCUGGAUCCUUGUAAAUUAGUUCCAUCCGAAGAGGUCGAAUUGUAAAGUAGGGAUGACGCUUAGUCUCAAUCCAACAAUACAGUUUAGAUCUUUCUUUUGGAGUC